AUGCUCGAACUGUUCAAGCCCGUUCAAGAUCUCUUGCAAAGCGAACCUGUGAGAGUCGACAAUAUCGUUUUCAGGUUACACUCACGAGUUACUGUCAUUCUUUUGAGCAUUUGUGCCAUUCUCGUCACAGCUAAACAAUACUUCGGGGAACCGAUCACCUGCAUUCCUGACGCAUCGAUUGAUAAAGAGCCGGUGAACGCUUAUUGUUGGAUCUACAGCACGUUCACGGUUUCCCGCCAUCUUCGUGGAGUCCCUGGCAAAAACGUCGCGAGUCCAGGAGUCGGUCAAGCUUUUGAAGACGACGAAAUUCAUCACCAUCGCUACUAUCAGUGGCCCCUUCCAUCCCCCCCCCCCCCCCUCGCCAUGUCGCCCCCUCCAUUCGUCUCUCUCUUUCUGUGUAUAUCAUACGUGCAACAGGUAUGCUUCGUCCUGAUACUCCAGGCGAUUCUGUUCUACACACCUCGUGCCCUCUGGGGAGUCUGGGAAGCUGGAAUAGUGGGUCAUCUCGCAAGGGAUCUCUCGGCCCCUUUUCCUCCUCGUGAAGCUUGGACUCACGAGAGAAAGCGCCAGCUCGUCGAAUAUUUUGCUCUUACGUCGGUUCACAAUCACAAUUUCUAUGCCUUCCGAUUUUUCAUAUGCGAACUUCUCAACUUCGUCAAUGUGACAGGACAAAUAUAUUUAUUGGACGUUUUUCUCGAUGGUCAAUUCAGCUCGUACGGAGCAUCAGUCUCGGCGUUCGCAAUGGAGGCUAAACCCUUCGACCGAAUCGAUCCAAUGGCAAGGUUAUUCCCAAAAGUGACAAAAUGUACGAUUCACACAUUCGGUUCCGGUGGUUCAACACAAACACUCGACGCACUGUGUAUUUUACCGCUGAACGUUGUCAACGAGAAAAUUUUUGUUUUCCUAUGGUUCUGGCUCGUUCUGUUAGCUGGGAUCAGCGGUUUAGCUAUUUUUUACAGAAUAAUCGUUUUUACUCAACCAUGGGCUCGUGUUUACUUACUUCGUGGAGUCGUCCGAGUACUUCCUCAAACAAUAGCAGCGCGUCUCGUAGAGAAACUUCCCUUUGGCGACUGGUUCCUUUUGUAUCAGCUUGCACACAAUGUCAACCCCAUCGUUUAUCGUGAACUCGUAAAUGAAAUUGCAAACUCUCUUAGUGACAAAUGUAUUCUGUGAUUAAAAACCAUCACUUAUUCGUUGCUUUUGAUUUUGCAACGUUUAUUUGUUUUUUAUUUUUAUCGAUGAAACAAAAGUACAAAAACUGUCGCGAAGUUUUUUCAUCUCUUUCAACAAUUGUCUUAACGUUACGUAAUUUUGCACUGCCUACGAUUAUCUAUGUACAUACAAACAUGUAAUCCUUUCCAUUUUAUUGAAGUUUUUGUUCUGCUUGUCUGUUACUUUUCAACUGCCAUCAAAAUUUGUUCUAUAUUUCAUUGGAACGUGAACGAAAAUUUUUCAAGCAUGAUUCGAUCAUUUCUUUUAUAACUCUUUGACAAAAGUUCACGCACUUCAAAACUUCAAUAAACUAAUAAACUAAACGCAUUUUUCUAGUGUGUACAGUGUAGGAUUCUGGAAUAACGAAAUUUAAAAGAAGAGUAAGACGCCACCUGCCUACUUUUCAGGGGAUUUUUAAUCCAACCGAAACUUUACCAACUGCGAUAACUUCUAGAAAAUACUGAACUAUUUGCUAGAUGGCGUAACGAAACGAUUCUCGUAACUAUGUAUAUUUAGCGAAGGGUUAACCGCUGAUAUUUAUUUUUGUUUAUGAAUCCAGUCAUCUGUAAGCCACGUCAAUGUCCAGGCUGUAAAAAAUUUCAUUUUUCAUAGAAACUAAUAAAUAAUUUUUCUCCAAUGUUCGUAACUUAAAUUGACAGUAAAUCGAGGGAGCUAUGAUAAUUAUUUUGAACGCCAAAAUUUUAAUGUCUCGAAUUGAAUUUUGAAUAAAAAAGUGUCCCUUUUGUUUCGUCGCCACACCCGAUCUUUCCAUUUAUCAGUAUAUAUAUCCCUACGAACAUUCCUUGUGAGUAUUCCUAAUUUUUUUCGUUUCAUUAAUCAUUCGAUAACCAGCGAAAUAUCCAGAUCGUAAAAAUUCCAAGUAUUUGUGAAUCCUGUCAAAACUAAUGAUUCAAUUUCCGAUCGAGGCAAAAUAUAUUUUUCAAAUUUUUUUUCGAAUUGCUGAAUUUUCUUCCCAUUCUAUAUUUUUUGGAAAGAAAUAACAACAGGACUGGUAAAACUGAAUAGAAUUUGAAUCAAUAGAGUGUAAAAGAAAGGUUAAUUCUUGUCAUGAAUCUCUUCUGUUCUCUGGAAUCGUUUAUAGCGAUGUUUUUGUUAACUUAAUUUUUCCUAUUCCAAUGUAAAUCUUUAGUCGAAGAACGAAACAAGAAAACUUGUACUCGAAUAAUGCAGAAUCAAAUUUUUCUUCUAAAUAUUGUAUGUAACACGGCACAAAAUAGUUUACAGAGCAUGUUUUGUAAAGAAUAGUUAACCAGUUUACUAAUAAAAAAAUAGGAAAUAAAAUGUACUAACUCAGUGUAAAAAUGCUUGUUUUCAUCCAGAAAUUGAAUGCAAUAAAGACAAUUUGUUUCACUGCA